UCGGAGUUCGCCUAUCACAAAUAAAAAUGAUUUCAAGUUUCUAAAAUUUUCAGUUGAUCAUGUGCCGCGCGAGUGGUAGGAUUAUACGAUUGUGUAACAAAACUUCGACUCUUACGUUAUCGUGAUAGUGAUAUAAGUUUUUAUGACAAAUUAAAAUAUGUUUAGUUGCUAACCAUAAUAGUGGCAAUUUGUUUAAAGAAUUAGAAAUGUGAAUUAGUGUCGUGUUAAUACAAAAUUCCAGUAUAUUAACUAUGGAUGCAAACGCAAAAUAUUACGAGGGCUGUGGGCAGGAAGGACCUAUUCGCUGCAUAUUUUUAUGUGAAUUCCAUCAUACCGCGGGCCCCAAAAUUACUUGUCAAGUACCGGAGAACUAUAUUUCUAAAGAUAUUUUCGAUACUGUUAGUCACUAUAUUAUUCCAAAAGUGCAAUUACAGAGAUGCACAUUAACUGUAACUCUUCUUGGCUCAAAAAUACUGGGAUUUCCUGUGAGAAUAGAUAACAAGAAAUAUGCAAGGAAUGCGUUUUAUUUCAAUUUGUGCUUUGUAUGCGAUGCUUGGGCGAGAACAGUACAUCUGGAGCCUUUGGUGAAAAAACUUACUGAGUACCUGUUGUCUAUGGAACUGGAGACGGAAUGGCUGUCGAAGCAGUCGAUGUCAGGCGACGCCAAGGAUUUAGGCUGUCUCAUGAAGCAGGUGAUGCAGGACAUCAACUGCAGGAGGAUGUGUACAUUAACAGUUGGUACAACAACGACCCAUUUGACGGUGGUGCGGGUGAACAGCGACCCAGCGCCAGUCAAAGACCACCAAGUGCCCGUGUUCCUCUACAGCCGGCAGUCGUUUGUUGCCGACCAGUGGGAUUUGACCACCAACCAGAUCCUGCCGUACAUCGACGGCUUCAACCACGUGUCUAAGAUCGCUGCAUUAACAGACGUGGAGGUGAGCCUGGUGCGCGCCUGCGUUCAGAACCUUGUAUACUACGGUGUCAUCACCCUCGUACCUAUAUUCCAGUACUGUGCGGUAUACAGUGUGACGCCGAAGCUGCGUCAACUGACGAGGUGUGCUGGCUUGCAGCGGCAGUGUAUAGAAUUCUGUGCUCGUUCUCCGCGUCAGCUACCAAAGGUUAACGAUCUGUUUGUGAUGUACGCGGGCAUGUCGCACGGCAGCACAGUACGCGACCUGUGCCGUCGUUUGCGCCCGCAGGACCUCGCCAUCAAUGAACGCAAGCUGGUGCUCUUCGGAGUACUAGAGGGACUCAUACGAAGGGUUUACAAGUAUCCAAUAACGUUGAAUAACGUGGACACGGCGUCGGUGAGAUCAGACCAUAACCAAAACCUGGUGCGGACGUACAACGGGCUUGUGUGUUUGGACGAGUUGUGUUGCCACGGCGGUCUCUCUGUCUCACAGCUCGAGGAGCAGUUAGAAAGAGACAGUAAUGUUGUUUUUAUCGUUAAAUGACAUUACAUGUUGUCUGAUUUACAAAUAAACUGUAGUAUUGUAGACUUAGCUGGCCCGGUAGGUUAUAUUGGCACUUGAAUAUAUUUUGUCUGUAAA